CCGAGGAGGCGGGCAGGCGGGCGGGCGCGAAGUGGGCUGCCGGCUGCUCUCUCGCUCGCCGCUGGAUCUACCCCGGGAAGAGAACAUGUUGUGAGGGAUGCCCAGCUGAGCAGCAGCUGGCCAGGAAUGAAGCGCCCUUUAAGCCCAUGCCACUCCCCUGAGAGCGGCAUCUGCGGGAACUUAACAGACAGUACUGGUAUAGGAAGCCUGCCAGAGCAGCGCUCGAAAAGAGAGAAGAAGCACCCAACAUUCACACUCUGUGAGGUGUGCAAUAUCCAGCUCAAUUCAGCCGUCCAGGCCCAGAUCCACUACAAUGGGAAAUCUCACCAGAAGCGCCUCAAGCAGCUCAAUAAAGGCAAAGUCCUGCCAAAUCAAGGUCCAGCUGGUCACAAUAACUCCCUCUUAACAUCACUUCCCAUCCCAGGACGGUCUCUACAUUCACCACUGGACAUCAAGCAUUUUCUCACCUUCCGUCUCAAUGGAACACCCCCGCUCAACCUCUUCCCCAACUUCAACACGAUGGAUCCGGUACAGAAAGCAGUGAUCAACCACACUUUUGGCGUACCUAACACUCUCAAGAAAAAACAAUUCAUCUCUUGUAAUAUUUGUCACCUAAGAUUCAACUCUGCGAAUCAAGCCGAGGCACAUUACAGAGGACACAAGCAUGCCCGGAGACUCAAAGCCAUUGAAGCAGUGAAAAAUAAGCACAAGACGACUGACAGUAGCAGCAGCCAAGAGAAACCAGCUGACAAUGACACAGCACUUGAUCUCAGUGGAGACACCAGCAGCAACAACAUAGCACAACCCAGUGGUCUGUUGGGAUUGAGCCAGCCCCCAGCAGACAACUGCAGCCUCAUGAUCGUGGCCCCAGCAGAAGAGUCGUCCACCAAGCUCACCAGUGGCAUCCUGCCCCUGGUCUCCCCACCAGUUUCAGAGCCAUCAGAAAGUGCUCCAGACACAACGAGUGUGGCAUCAUCAUCUGUAGCAGCUGGAGCUGAAACUCCAGCCACUGAAUCAAGCCAAAACAUCAGCCCAGCACGAGACUCAGAGAAAGAAGGGAAGAAAAAUAAGCAGCACUUGUACUGUCCUACUUGCAAGGUGACGGUCAACUCUGCCUCUCAGCUGGAAGCACAUAAUUCUGGAGCAAAGCACAAGUCCAUGCUGGAAGGCCAGGCCAUUUUGCCAAGGCGAGGCAGAGGGAAGGUCCUCUCUCGCACAGGCCACAAGCCCAAACGGAUUGGCAGCAAAGGGAGCCUUAGUAUCCAAAACAAGGCUUUCCAGUGCCAGGUGUGCGAGAUCUUUGUCAACUCAGAAACCCAGCUCAACCAGCACAUGAGCAGCAGGCGGCACAAGGAUAGGCUUGCAGGGAAGCCGCCUAAGCCCAAAUACAGUCCAUACAGCAAGCUGCAGAAGAAUACAGCUCUGGCAGUGAGUGUUCUCAAGUCCAAACUGGCUCUUCAGAAGCACCUUACAAAGACCCUGGCAGCGCGGUUCCUGCCAAGCCCCCUCACCCCAGCCACCGUGUGCGCCCUGCCCAGCCCGCUUACACUCCGACCAGCUGCGGCUACCCUCUUUCAAGCUCCUCUCUUUGGACCAGCGCUUUUCCGAACCCCACCAGGCCCCAUGCGAGCAGCUACGGGCCCCAUCGUCUUUGCUCCCUACUAGAGAGCGUGGCGGGAUUUUCAGUUCCGUCCAUUAACCAAGAGGGUGAAGAUGAAGCAGGGAAACUGGGGAGGGAAAAUGACUUAAGAGGCUGUGUGCUGAGCAGAGGCAAAUCAGAAUCUUUCUACUGUUUUAAGCAUCAGUCUUUCUUUUGUUUGGCCUUUCUCCCUGCAUCAUUCACUGGAUUAGGACAGUGUCCUCCCCCACUUCCUCUGAAGUUGUCCUUAUUAACUUCUGACAAUCCCACAAUGUGCCAGGUUUCCUAUCAUGCAUCCAGAAGCACAAUCCCAGUUAUCCAGAGAAUCUGGAAUAGAGGAGGAUGUCCAAAACUUUGGGGGUAAUUUGAAGGUUGGAUCCUUGAAAGUGCCAUUUUGCACAGAAUAAUUAUGAUCCAGAAGCCAUGUGAGUUCCAGCAACAGAGAAUUAUGGGUUGGUAAGUGUGGGCCCAACUGUAUGUUGCUGAUAAUCUAUCACUAGAAGAGGGAAUUCCUAAGUGCAGAUAAGUGUAUGUGAUUGUCAUAGCAGAAGCUUUUCUCUCUUUCCAUAACUUGCAAAUUAGCUUGCUUUGUUUCGUGAUUGGUCAUUGGGAGGUAAGUACAUUUUUCCUGCCUAGGUCUGAUUCUUCAGACAUGAAAGACUGCCCUCAAACAUGUCUCUUGAACACUAAUGUGAUUCCAGCUGUAUUUACAAGUUAUCUCCAAUGUAUAUUUUGGCCCUGAGGGUCAUAAGGCUAGAUGUGGCAUAAGGAAUUCAACUCCCUGUAUCUUUCGUUUUGUAAAAAGCAUUUUGCAGUCACUAAAUUUUGAUACAAACGGCGAAGGGAAUAACCUUUUCCCUCAGUGCUGUGGUUCUGACCCAGAUACCUUCGUCACUUUCCCUGAAUUACUGCUUCUAUACGGUAAAAACGAUAACAUGAAUUCUAGUCAUGGAAUUCCCACAUUACAUCUACUGUGGCCCUGAACUUUUCAUAUCUCGAUGGAUUUUAACACUUGAUUUUAUUCCUUUGAAGAGAGGUAAAAAAAAAUCUCUUUAAUAGGAACUGAAAUUGUUCUUCAAGUUGAGAGAGAGGAAAAAAUCAUGGUGUUCAUUUCCCAUUGAAGUUUUUAAAAAAUCAGAGGGAAAAAGUAUCAAGAUUUAACUGCCUCUCGGUUUUGAGCCUUAAUGUUAAAUUCCAUAAAAAACCAAACGAUACAUGUUAGUUUUCAAAGCAGCCAAAGUAUUUUAAAGUUUAGGAUCUGGAAAUCCCAGAUUCUGUUUCCUUCUGUGGAAGGUGUCAGGUGUGUUAAAAACAGGGAAAUUAUGUUAAAUAGAUAGCACAGGAGUGGGGGCAGAAUUGUGGCUUUUAACACCUUUUUUUAAAAAUCAUUUUAUAUGCAGAUUUGCAAAAACAAGGAGAUUUAGAUUGCAUAAGCUACUUUGUCAAACCACAGCCCCAAAUCUUCCAGCCAUGCUGGUUCAGGGAUUUUGGAAGCUGUAGUUCAAAACAAGUAACUUUUCCAUGUGUUGUCAUUGUAAAGAAGAAGCUGAAGCUAGGGUUUUUUUCAGGUUCUGUAGCUAUUCUUACAUUACAUAGUACUCUUUUUUGUGUCACACACAUGACAGCCUUGUUUCUGGUGACCAACAUCCAGUAUGAAGGGAAGGAUGACAAGAGUUCCUGACGAAGUAGUGAAUCCACACUAGUGAGACAUGAAUGUCUUUCACAUGACCUUUAGUGUUCUUUCCUCAUUGGCUUUUUGCACAUUUAUAUUAGUGUGGUCAGUAUGAAAUAGCCCUGAAGUAGGGUCUUAGCAGACAUUCUCUAUGUGGAAGGAAGACUGGAGACAGCAUUUAUGGGUUAAUGUCUUUUGUUUGAAGGAUGAAUGCCAAGGUGUAUUUAAAGUAACAGAUCUUGCUAAAGUGCUUGGGCUACUUGGAUUUCACUUUUUGGCUGUGUCAUUCGUUAUUGUUAUAGAGCAGUGGUUACUUAUAAGUGUUUGGUCCUUCAGAUGUUCUGGAUUUUAAGCCUCUAUCAUCGCAACAGAGGGACGUGGUG